AUGGUCUUCGAGGAUGAGAGCAGCGAAGACUUGUCCGGCCUGCAGAUCUCCUCCGACGACGAAGGGAUGCAUUAUCAGAUUCCUGCUAGCAUUGAAGACCAAGACUACAAUGACUUGGAGAAUGCAUCAGAGGGGCUUUGCGUGGAGCAUCGGCUGCCAACUGUGCGCCGUGUAGCUCUUGAAUCAUUUGAGACGGGCAAGAGGUUUCUAGUUCGUGCCCAGCCCGAAGCUGUGAAUUGUGGUUUCCUUGCUUGGGUUGACGCAGAGUGGCCUCCCACAAUGCAAAAUGCAUUGUUGAACCUUUGGAAAAUGUUUGAAGACAGCAGGACUGCUAGGAGGAAGGAUAACCUGGAAAGUUCACUUACUAUCCACCACCUUAAAGAAGAGAAAAGGACAACUACGCUGGACAAACUAGUUGAAGAUGUCCAUCAACUUCUCAAUGACCAGGAGGACAGGGUGUUGGAUUUAUCCAGUAGCAGUUUCUGUAAAAAAAAAUAUCCAGUAGCUGUCCUAACUCAUUGA